GUGUGGGCACAAGCUGUAUGCGUGUUUCUGUGGAAAAAUAUUUUUGUCUGUGCACUCAAUGUGUAUGUACUGUAUGUUUGUGUGUGUGCACGCAUGUGCAUGUGUGCGUAUGUGCGCACACACUGGACAUGUCUGCGGGAUGUCCAGUGUCUCAGGGUGUGGUGCUUCGGCGGUGUGGCUCUGAUGGCCACUGGGUGGAGGAGGAGGACGGGGAAGUCUGGAGGGACAUGUCUCAGUGUGAAGAGGAACAGGAAAUCACAUCUCAGGAGCUGUGGUUCAAGCAGUUGAUGGUGAGCUUCAGGAUGCUUUACACGGUUGGCUACACCCUGUCCCUCUUCACCCUGGUCUCAGCGCUCAUCAUUCUACUGAGUAUCAGGAAGCUUCACUGCACCCGCAACUACAUCCACGCAAACCUGUUUGUGUCUUUCAUCCUGCGAGCCGUGUCGGUGAUUGUCAAGGACACCAUGCUGGAGCGUCACUGGGGCCGGGAGAUCAUGAGACAGGCCGACCUGGGAGAAAUGCUGAGUCACGAGGCUGCCAUUGGCUGCAGGAUGGCCCAGGUGGUGAUGCAGUAUUGUGUUCUAGCCAAUCACUACUGGUUCUUUGGAGAGGCCAUCUACCUGUAUUCGGUGCUCAUCGCCUCCGUAUUAAUUGAGAACAACAAGUACUUGCCUUAUAUCUGCCUCGGCUGGGGAACCCCUCUUUUAUUUGUCCUUCCUUGGAUGUUGGCCAAGCUAUUGAGAGAAAACAAAGAAUGCUGGGCUGUCAAUGAAAAUAUGAGCUACUGGUGGAUAAUACGGUUCCCCAUUCUGUUUGCGUCACUGAUCAACUUAUUGAUUUUCAUGAAGAUUUUGAAGGUGAUUCUAUCCAAACUACGUGCCAACAAUCAGAAUGGCUAUCCUGACUACAAGCUUCGCUUGGCCAAGGCGACCUUGACCCUCAUCCCUCUAUUUGGCAUCCAUGAGGUCAUCUUCAUCUUUGCCACUGAUGAGCAGACCACUGGCAUCCUGCGCUACAUCAAGGUCUUCUUCACGCUCUUCCUCAACUCAUUUCAGGGAUUUCUGGUGGCUGUGCUGUACUGCUACUGUAACAAAGAGGUGAAGACAGAGCUUGCGAAGAAACUGCGAAGCUGUAGGAUGGAGGUGGAGGUGGUGUGCUGUGGACAGUGACUAACCGAGACAAGAGUAGAACCAUUCUCCAUCGCCACAGUUCCAGAGAACAAUGGAGCUUCUACACCACCACCAACAGGAGUCCAGCCUGAUAGUCCUCCAUCUCCGCAGGCUCAAAGUUCAAGACAGCAUGCUCGGAACACCUCCAUGACACCAGAGUCUCUCGCUCAACUGCAUUGUCGUACCACAACGGCAACCCUGGAGAAGAGUACAGACUGCACACACCUAACUCCUAAUGAGACCACGGGGUCUAGUCCAUCUAUGCAGGUGUCAUUCCUCAUUCACUUAAACGACCCAGUUGAGUUACCUCCACAUGUUGUAAAUAUUUAUUCAGAUUAAAGGCCCAAAUGCAGCCCUUUUUAUCUAAUAUCAAAUAAUUUCUGGGUAACAAUUAAGUACCGUAGUGUAAUAGUUUGAAAUUAAAAUGUAAAACAUUUUUAAAAUGACAAAAAUAAUUGUUUCGCAAGCAAGAAGUUUCAGAGGUCUGCCUAGGAGUGGUCUGAGUGAGGGGUCUAAUUGGGGGUGCCUAAUGUGACUUGAAAACUAGCUGUUGGUAGAGAUGUUUGACACAUUUUUUGUUUUUGGUCUAUCAACUUAUACUGCCUGGGGAUGUCACCAUGCAAGACAACUCCGCCCAUGCAAAACCUGCAGAUUGUAUUUUCAACGGGCAACUAUCAGAAAGUUACACUGAUCACAUUUUUCCCACUUUUACAGUGUUAGUUUCAUCAGCUGUUGUACAAUAUGAUACAAAACAUAGGGAAAACUGAAAUUUGACUGCACUGGGCCUUUAAGUAAGAUAUUAUUUGUGUGUCACUCUGUUAAUGUACAGUAUUUUAAUGUAUUUCCAAAUGAUGAGUGGUACCGUGCCUAGUGAAAGUCUACACAUCCAACUCCCCCAUGCCUUAAAAUUACAUCUAAAAAGGGAUGAAAUAAAUACAAAUCCUGUCGAUCUACAUAACCUACUCCACAUUUUCAAAGUUAAAGUAAAUUAUGGAAAAUGUUCCACAAGAAAAAAGAACACUAAAUUGCAUUUGUGUUAACACCCCAGAGUUAAUACUUCAUGGAAGUAUUUUGGCAGCCAUUACAGCUGGGAAUCAUUUUAAAUAAGAUCUAACCGGUGUCAAAUGGCUAGCUAGAUAGUAGCAUUUCAGUCUGUGACAUCACUUGCUCUGAGGCUUUGAAGUAGUUGUUUCACUUGCUCUGCAAGGUCCGUGGCUUUUGUGUAGCGAUAGUUAACUAUGCUUCAUGGGAGGCAGUUGUUAAUGGUUUCAGAGGAUCCCUGGUAUGAGCCCAGGUUGGAGCAAGGAGAGAGACGGAAGCAAAGACUGUUACAUUUGCACAACUCUUAGGGCAACAUACACUCAGUUUACCAAACAUUAGGAACACCUUCCUAAUAUUGAGUUGCACCC